GCACGAUCAUGGCGACACCACGGAUGAUGCAAGAUGACGACGUAGAGCGACUGGUGAAGUGCCGCACACGUUCCGAAGUGGAGGCAAGGAAGGCCGCAGAAAGUACCAUGAAGCGUGCGAUGAAGGAAGCCACCGAGUGCAUGUGCAGCUGAAGAAAGAACUCAUGAUCUUGCGGAAAGAAAAGGAGGACAAUGAGCGAGCCAGAACUGCACCUGUUGUAUCCAAACCAGAGGCAAAACGACCUUCCGACGAUGUUAUGAAAAAGUUGUCCAAACGUGAGAAGGAAAUUGAAGAACUCAAACAAAUCCUUGCAGAAAAAGAAGCCGAAUGCGACACCAUAAAUGGCAACAUGCAGUCUGUUUCCCAAAGCUUACAGCAGGCUAAUCACGAACUGCAAUCAGUGCGCGAUGAACAUGCAGUGGCGGUAGAAACAGCGAAGAAGACAUUGUCAGAUCUACGUCAAACAAAGUCGAGCUUGGACGAACUCAAGAGGAAAUACCAAAAAGUAACAAAGGAGUUGAAGGAAGAAAAGCAAGCGCUCAUCACAGAGAACGCGCAAUUGACCCAACGCCAAGACGAGCUUCAAGUGGCAGCAGGUCAAACUGCACAAUUGAAAAAGCAGCUGGCACAAGCAAGAGAGCGCGUAAGUUCCAUCGCCCACGAGUAUGAGGAUCGACUACGCGAGCAAGAAACCUCGCACAAAAACGCGAUCCAAGAGAUCACCGCAACGUGGCAGGCUAAAGUAUCCGAAGUGGUCGCAUCCAGAGAUGCCGAUGUAGCUGCAGCGUCAAGAGAUGCAACAGCAACAGCCGAAGAAGGACAAAAUGGAUUGAUUAGCCGCUUACAAGAAGAAUUGCACUUGGAAAAGGAAGAAAACGUCGACCUACUGCAAACGGUCAAGUCGCUGCAAGAUAAACUCAAGGUGGCCCAGGAGGUCGUUCGCGAAGCUGAACUAGCCAAGAAAGAGGCGCAGCUUAAUGCGGAGCAUGCCCAAGAUAUGUGUUCGAGAGCGGAGGAAGCAGCCGAGGCUUGUGAAUCGCAGGCGCGCAAGUGCAAGGACGAAACAAUUGUCAUGGAGGAAAAGCUGCAGUUGAUCGACAAUGCUCUGAAGUUGCGGGGUAUUUCGAUUGAGUUUUUGCUGAAAAAGAACGCAACGAGUGGUGGUAACAACAACCACGACGGCGACGAAACCAGUGGCACCGCGACGCUUUCGUCGUCAAUCAAGAAAGACACCAUGAAAGCUUCGCUCAAGAAGCACAAGCAAACUCCUGAAGUCACUCCGUCGACCGAGACGCGAUCGAGGCGAAAAUGAUCCUUUCAAAUGAACAAAAUGCAAGACUUAAAUGCCAUUAUACUUCGCUGCAAACGCUUUCUGGUACGUUUCAAACGUGCCGUAUUUUAUGUGGCGUCGCAUAGCUCCGAAAAACUCGAAGUAAUGAUGCAAGUUGUGCAUGUACCUACGCCUUUGUCAUUCCCAAAACAAGAAACAAAAACUCCACACGUACAAGAGAAUGUUCGCCAGCAUUUCGUGCACAUUCAGCAAGUGGUUGAUAUACGCGCGGGAGUGGUGCGUGCACGCAAAGCAUGGACACCCAGGCAGCAACGGCCUCAAGUCCCGGUCGAAUUUCUUGUCGCGAAGGUUAAUCUUGGUGUCGGUACCGACAUCCUGCAGAUCGAGUCGUGUGGAACCGGAAUCGAGUACGUGCCAACAAGAUGUACCUCAUGC